AUGUCCGGAUCAAACGUCGGUAGCGCUUCCACCUACGAGGCUGGCGAUCAGCGCACCCAGCCCGAUAGCGAGAUUAACAAGCAGAAGGAGGAGGCGAGAUUCCAUGAGGGCAAGGAGAACGCGCACAAGGCUAACGAUGCCAAGGACGAGCGCUCCAUCGCCAACAAGCUCGCACGUGAGUCAAAGCGAGAGGAGGAGGACGGACCUCUUGACGUUGAGUCGAUUCAGUACAAGAAGGAUGCUACGCUGCCCGCCCGAUCCCACGGCAAUGAGCCAUCGAAGGGUGCUAAGAUCGACCAGGAGUUGAGGGAGGAGGAGGAGGAGAUCCUGAAGAAGAAGGGCAACUUUGGUCCUGCUGCUAGCAACUAG